AGCGAGUGGGAGGGAGGGCGGCAGUCAGAAGCAAGCAAACUAAUUCUCAGACAGUCGUGCCAGAGCAGGAGCUGCAGUUCACCUCGCUGACUCUGUCGGUUUAAAAGCCAUUUUAAGUGUUAUUCAACCAUUAAUUUAUUCCCAAUUAACAAGUAGGACGAUACUUUCCAUUUUGGACAGGGGGCUUCAAACACGCGCACCCGCACUUCUUCCGAGCCGCGACAACUCAAGGUGAAUGCCGUCAUGCCAUUUGGGUGCCUUGCCCUGCGAGAUGGGCGAACGUAUGACACCAUAUCUGAUGUCACAGACAAGUAUGAGUUCGGACAAGUCCUGCGAGCGAAGGAGUUCUGCGAGCUGUGCCUGGCAAAGGACAGACAAACAGACAAGGUGUUUGUCUGCAAGAAAUUCCUCAAGAAAGAUGGCAGGAAAGUCCGCAAGGCUGCCAAGAACGAAAUCAUGAUUCUGAAACUGUUAAACCAUCCAAACAUCCUUCAGCUGAUAGAUACGUUUGAGACUCGGAAGGAAUAUUUCAUCAUCCAGGAGCUUGCCACAGGAGGAGAUGUUUUUGACUGGAUUCUGGACCAAGGGAACUACACAGAGAGAGACGCUUCCAAUGUCAUCAGACAAGUCCUGGAGGCUGUGGCAUACUUACACUCCCUCAACAUAGUUCACAGGAACCUGAAGCUGGAAAACCUGAUGUACUACACAGAAAACAACCAUAACAAAGUAGUUUUGCGAGAUUUCUACCUGUCCAGAUUUGAGAACGGACCAAUCACGGAGCCGUGUGGAACACCGGAAUACCUGGCUCCUGAAGUGGUGGCUCGUCACCGAUAUGGCCGUCCUGUGGACUGCUGGGCUGUGGGUGUCAUCAUGUUCAUACUCUUGUCGGGUAACCCUCCCUUUUACGAUGAAACCGAGGAAGAAAACACCGAUCUGCAUAAUCGCAUCAUUUUCUGCCGGAUUGUUGCUGGGGAUUUUGAGUUUGAUUCUCCUUACUGGGAUGACAUUUCACCUGCAGCUAAGGAGCUUGUCUGUCGCCUGAUGGAAGUGGACCAGAUGUUGAGAAUCACAGCGCAAGAUGCGCUUUUCCAUGAGUGGAUUGCAGGGAACGGUGCAUCAGAAAAGAACCUGAAGGAUGGCGUGUGUGCCCAGUUUGAAAAGAACUUUGCAAAGGCCAAAUGGCGGGAAUUAAAGAAAGCAAUCCGUGUCACCACCUUCAUGCAACGCCUGAAGAAUUCAGAAGCAUUGAUUGAUAGCUCUGCUGAGGUUCAGGGCAGUGAGGAGGCAGGGGAUGGUGAAGGGGGUGCUUCGCAGGGAACAAGUGAUGAGGGAGAGAAAGGGAUGAGUGAUGGUGGGGUAACAUCAAGUAGUGUGUCUUUAGAAGUUACUAUUGAGAGUAUGCCCUCUGGGAUGGACCAGAGUAAAGAGACAGUUAAGGCUGGAGAAAAACAAGAGGAGGUAAAGAUGCAUAUAGGCCCAUCUGUAGGAACUUCGCCAUCAGGUGUAGAGGACCUUUUCUGUCAACCAAAUGCAGUCCCCAACUGUACCCAGGAACAGCCUGACAAGGUUGGUGCAAAGAAAGGCGCAGGUGACGGAACCAGGAAAAUGGCUGCAAAUUUGGGCCAAAAUAAAGCUGUCCCAGAAUUCAAACAGACGCCUGCGGUGAGCCCUGAGGCCUCAAAGCUAUUAGACAGCACUUCGGGCAUUAAUCUUGACAAAAAACACAUAUCGUCCUCCCCCGACCCCAGCAGCAAACGUAAAAUGGCUGCAACACUUCAUGCACCUUCACACACAGCAUCCGCUGCUGCAUCAGCCUCACCGCUGAAGAGACCAGUCACACAAAGCGAGCAAAAGGAUGAGACUGACGGAAGUUGGUGUCAGACACAAGUACCUGAAGCGGUGGCUGAGAAGUCUGUGGUGGCGCCAGUUACUCCAGCAGUGGGGCCAGGUACAGGGGUGGAUGGAGGACUAGAAGUUAGGCUCAGGGGCAAUGAGAGUCCAGUAGAUAGGCAGGACAGGAAUGCCAGAAGAACAGAUAGAUACAGCGCUGAGUUUAGUAUACCAAGAGCAGGUGCUACACCGGGACAGGCUUGCUCUGCUAGCUUGGGCCGUCAUGCCACACCAUACAAUCCAGAGGUUGGGGCUAUGGGGAUGGCUGGGAGCUAUGGGAGUCCAUACAGUUCCCUGUAUACGAGUGGAGGAGGUGUAGGGAGGUAUGGAACUGGGCUACAGCACAGUGGGGGGACUUCAAGCGAUUGGCAAAUGGACAGUGUGAUCGAGCAGAUAGAAAAGCAAAUGGCUGCUGUGCUGGAGAAGAUCGAGGGAGACAUGCCAUCGCUCCUAGAGCAAAUCAGUGACUGUCCUGCUGAGCAACCUCGAGCUCGGAGCACACACGCUUCUCCCGCCACCUCUCGUGCACGCCCCUCACAGCGGUCCACAUCUGCAACCACCGGCACCCCACCACCACUUCCUACCUCUCCCAGACCUGUGCUGCCAUCUCUUCCUCACAUUAGCAUUCCUCCUCCUGCCUAUCCCCCACCAUCUCCACCCACAGAAGCCUCACCCCAGGCGCUGGGAGAGCAGGAAGACAGAGAUGGACAGGCGACUCCUGCUCAUUCCAGCCAGUCACCAAGACCUGGGAUAGGCAGGGGACUAUGAGGCAGGUGUGCAUGAUGCAAUACACAAAGGGAAAAAUACCUGGAACACUGUAUUCAUAGUUAAACUUAAGGAUUUAAUGACUGUCUCACCCAGAAGGACUGCCUAAUUGUGCUCAAAAAGAGAAGUUAUUACACUGUUGUUUGGUUUGGCUGCAUAUACCAGAUGAUCCUACCCCCCUCUUCUAUUUUAUUGUUUCUAUUGUUAUUAUUGUAUUACACUGUAGUUUUUAAUUUUAUUGUUAUUGUUAAGCACUUUGUGCAGCAUCGGCUGUUGGAAAUGUGCUAUAUAAAUAAAUCUGACCUUGACCUUGACCUUGACCCUCUGACAUUCCAAACACUUUCGUCACUGGAGUCUAGAGGGAUUAGAGUACAAUAUAUCUCUGUACGACAGCUUCACAGAUCAAGAUCUUAAAAGUUGGUUAUGCUAAAUCCAGAUUGUGUGCCUAAAUGUUUACCACACAACCACCUCAUAUGGAAAUCCAAGCACUCAACAAAUUUGCAAAUUAUGAAGCUGCACAAAUAAGAAUGGCAAAAUCCUCAACUAACAGUGAAAGAAAAGCUCUAAAUAAAGUAUUGUCCCCUAAAAACUGUAAAUAAACAGAAUCAAACUAGGUUCCUAAGUCAUAUUUUUCUUCCAUGGUGUGAACUUCCUCAUAUCCAAAGUGACAUUUACUUUUUUUCCUUUUUGCUCAAAGCAGAUUGUCCCAUGAUUUUUUUUAGUUACUAUGUAUUUAUGUGGCUAGUUAUUCUGUUGUGAUGGUUGGUGUCACAAAGUUGUACAGAAAUAUGUGAAACUGAUCUGAUAAAGCCAUUCCCCUGGUUGCAGGAAAUUAUAAUUUGUUUUAUUAAACGGUAUAUUUAAACUUAAACUGUCACUUAGACUUAUGAGUUGUUCCACAUCUGCCGGAGAGCUGGGGGAAAUAUACUGUAUAAAGGCUUUGCAAUAACACAGUAACACUUACAUUUUCUCUCCUUUUUUCCCCAAACAUUUCCAGAUAGUUUGUUUUCAUUUGCUCCAGUUUUGUCAGCACAUUCAUUUGGUACCGUUAACUGGACAGUCCUGCCUAUUUUAUCCUUUUCAUCAUAAAACUGUUCUGACUUUUGUUCUGCUAUUGGGUGUAUGUAAUACCAGAUUCUGUGCUUUUCUCCUGAACAAGUCUAGAUCUCCACUAUUCUGUCCCUAUGUAAAAUGUGCACUGUUUGCAAGUCUUUCAAUAAAAGUAAGUCAGUAAAUACAUGCAUA